UCUGUGUAAAAUUAGACAUGUGGAGUAGGGAAUACUCUAUGAUUUUUAAAUGUGUCAAUGGAAAGCCAAGAGUAAUUCUGCUGGGAGCCCUCAAUGUCUGGGCAAUCAUAUGCAAAUAACCUUUUGUCCUUAAGUCUUAGCAGUGGUUGGUAGGGAGCAGCCAGGUGACUCCCCAUGCAAGAAUAAAGGAAUUCUUUUAAAAUAAUAGGAAGGUAGGAGUCCUUUGUCUGGCUGGACACACCUGUGGAGGGUGAACUAGAGACCCCAGGAGAAGGGAGAUGACCCUGAUUUGGAAGGCAGCUGGAAAAGAAACAGUUUUAUGGGAGUGAAGCUGAUUUUAGCUCUUCAAGCAGCACAGGCAGCAUUUCAGCUCCUGAAGUCCAUAUGUCUGCUGCUGGGAGCAAAAGAGCCUCUUUUUCUCGCAAUCGAGGCCCUCAUGGACGGAAUAAUGGAUCUUCAUCAUACAAGCCUGGAGGCAGCCCACCUACUUCUCGCGAGAAGGACCUUUUGUCAGUAUUGUGCAGAAAUCAGCUGAGUCCUGUCAAUAUCAGUCAGAAUUAUGGGGUGUCUUCUGCUAGUAGCAGUAACUCGGGCUCCUACAAAGGAAGUGAUAGUAGCCCAGUUAUGAGACGAUCGGUGAGAUAUACAUCUUGUGGGGAGAAUCAUGGCAUUAAAGCACCAAAUCCAGAGCAGUAUUUGACCCCACUGCAGCAGAAAGAAGUUACAGUGAGACAUCUAAAAACAAAACUGAAGGAAUCGGAGAGCAGACUUCAGGAAAGGGAAACAGAAAUAGAAGAGCUCAAGUCGCAGCUGGCACGCAUGAGGGAAGACUGGAUUGAAGAAGAAUGUCAUCGCGUGGAAGCACAGCUGGCCUUGAAAGAGGCACGAAAGGAGAUCAAACAGCUCAAGCAGGUUAUUGAAACCAUGAAAAACAGCUUGGCUGAGAAAGACAAAGGGAUUCAGAAGUACUUUGCAGACAUAAAUAUCCAAAACAAGAAACUGGAGUCCUUACUUCACAGCAUGGAGAUGGCUCAGAGCGGCUCUCUGAGGGAUGAGCAGUGCCUAGAGUAUACAUGUGAGUCACCUGGUAAGUCCCUCGGCCCAAGUACAAGAUAUUCCAAAAUGGUGGACAGCCGGGGUAUGGAGGACCAAGCCCUAGAAGACAGCAGGCUGCUGCUCAAUGAUGAGGUAACUAAUGGGACUGACUUUUUUGAAGAUGUUAUUCUGGCUGCUACAUCUGAAUCGGAUGAUCCAUCCCUCUGCACUUCCACUGUAGAGCCCACCCCCCUAAACCAAAAUGCACUUGAACGGGGUUUUGCUGAAGAUCUAACAUCCUUGCAGGCAGAAGAGAAGAGUGACAAUAGCCCGAUGCUGGAACAGGGCAUUCAGACUGAUGUGGUGCCAUACAGCCCAGAUGUGGAGCAGCUCAUUCAGAACAUAUUCAGGAAACAACAUAUCAGUCCUGUGAGCCCAUUUGCUGCCUCAAAGGGAUUGGAUGGAUUUCCUGCUGGGUGCUUCAGUGAAUCUGCUUUGCUACUGGACUUAAAUGCAAGUGAUCCAAACUCUGCCAUCCUUUUGUCUCCCAUGGAGUCUCCAGCUAGCAAGGGGGAUUGGAUCGUUAGUGACAACCGUGUUAUGAAGGAACUUGACUUUACAGCCUCUCAUGAUGAAACUUUCAGAAAUGUCAUUACUCGCUCUCAGGCAGGUCUCGUGAAAAGGUACUGGAGCAGCAGUUUCCUUGUAGAUUUCUUGGCUGUAGCAGCCCCCAUUGUCCCAACAGUAAUGUGGGCAUUCAGUACUCAGCGAGGUGGAACAGACCCUAUCUACAACAUCGGUGCAUUGCUUCGUGGCUGUUGCCUCAUAGCGCUACGCUCUCUGCGCCGUGUACCUUUUAUUGUCAAAACCUAAGUGCAGCUGGUUGGUGGGGAAGAAUUACAAUAGACCAUAAAAGUGUCUGUGUCUAAUGGCAGAGUCUGUCUUUUUGCUCUUGAAUAUUUGAUUUGCACUAUAUUGAGUUGAAAACAUGUUGAUUGUUUGAAAAUGAAGGCUCAGUGACAUGGUGGCUUGGUUCUACUAAGUGUACUAUACAUGUACUUUAGCAAGCAUGCUGUCGCUUUUCAUUCGUAGGCUGAUGUAUCAAUUCUUAUACUAAAAGCUUCUACUUCCAAGGCAGCUUCGGGCACAUAUUGUAUGUCUGUCGCGCUUAAUGCUCUUGUGAAAUCAAUAAUUGUCCUAGCAUUCCACUGGUCUUUUGUGCAAGGGGACUGUAACCAAAAAUGCAUUUGUGUUGGUUGUUAGGCAUCUUGCUGUGUUUGAUAAAUAGGGGAUGAAUAUAUUUUAACCACAUUAUUUUAAAGUCUUAAAUGAACUUCUUGUAACUUGCUAGUCAUUCAAGCCAUGUUAAAUAUUGUCUAAGUGGUUGUGAAUUAACUUAUUUUUUUGCUUAUUUAAUUGUUUUAUUGGAAACUAUACAUUAUAAUCAAAGUACAGUAAAGCAUGUUAAAAGUA